CUAGACGCGCAACGUGGCAGCGCCCGGUUCGUGCAUGCGUGGUUUCUUUUUAGGGCGCUUAUACAGGCAGUGGACUGAUGGAAUUAGCUGCUUUGGUUGCUGUUUCUUUAGUGAUUGGGGCGAUUGUUCUAAUUGUCGCCCUAGCACUUGGCCGUCAGCGGGAGUCGGUGCAAAAUAUCUCCGAUGUAGACCGUGACGAAACUAAAACAAACGGAGAUGUGGCGAAAUUGGAAGGGACAAAGAAAGUGAAACAACAAGUGCGUCCUCGGAAGGAGAAACCUCAACUACAUUUCUUCAACCACAAGCUACUGGCCUCAUCUUUGAAGGGUCACAGUGGGAAUGUAACAUGCCUGGAUUUUAGCAGCAAUGGGAAAUAUGUGGCAACUUGUGCUGAUGACCGAACUGUUCGAAUAUGGAGCACCAAGGACUUCAAUGAACGGGAUCACCGAUGUAUGCGUGCCAAUAUAGAGCUUGAUCAUGCUACUCAUGUCCGAUUUAGCCCCGAUUCCAGAGCCUUCAUUACAUGGUUGUCAAAUGGAGAAACAAUUCGUGUUUUCAAAAUGAACAAAAAGGAGGAUGGUGGUUUGACAUUUACUGCAGCAGCAGCAGACUUUCCUCCGAGACAUAAAGCACCGAUUGUCAACAUUGGAAUUGCAGAAACAGGGAAGUUCAUCAUGACUGCUUCUAGUGAUACCACUAUACUGAUUUGGGACCUGAAAGGAGAAGUGCUUGCUUCAGUUAACACUAAUCAGAUGAACAAUGCCUAUGCAACUGUUUCACCAUGUGGGAGGUUUGUGGCUUCAUGUGGGUUCACUCCUGAUGUCAAAGUGUGGGAAGUGUGUUUUGGGAAGUCUGGCAAUUUUCAGGAAGUAACCCGUGCCUUUGAUCUUAAAGGACAUACUGCUGGAGUUUAUUCCUUUGCCUUUUCUAAUGAUUCCAGAAGGAUGGCAACAGUUUCCAAAGAUGGCACCUGGAAGCUGUGGGACACUGAUGUGGAGUACAAGAAACAACAAGACCCCUAUCUUCUGCUGACAGGCAAGUGGGAUGGGAAUACACCAUGUCGGAUAGCACUUUCUCCUGAUGCAAGAGUUGUGGCAAUUGCUAGUGGCAUCAAUAUUUUUGUCUACAACACUAAGACAGCUGAGAAAGAGGAAGAAUUCAUUAAUGUCCAUAGUGUGGAGAUUGCAGACUUGGCUUUUGAUGUGAACAGCAGAUAUCUAUUAUCUUGUGGGGACCGUGCAGUUCGACUCUUUCAUAACACAGUAGGGUACCGAGCAGUCAUUGAAGAAAUGAAGGAAAUGCUUAAAAAAGCACACAAUGAUGCAAUGAAACAGAGAAUACAACAGCAAAUAAUAGAUGCACAGAAUGCCUUAGAAGCUAUUAAUUCACAAGCAGAGGAUGAGAGAAAACAUUGAAACCAUGCUGCCAACAUGUAAUAGCAUCACUGUGAUGUUUUUAUUAGUAAUGAUUUCUAAUAAAUUAAUUUGUUAUAAUAA